AUGCCUCCACUCGUUCGUUAUAGGAUACAAAUUAUCGGUCAUACUUUCAGUUAUUUGUUUAAUAGCGUAGAAUUCUUUGCACAGUGUAGAAAAGAGUACGGUGAUAUCUUUAGUCUAUAUAUAUGGAGUCAAGUCAGGACCUUUGUUGGAAAAGAGCAUAUACACGAGGUACUUGCAAAAGAUGACGUAUUUAGUUUUAAAGAAAUGAUGAGGAAGAAAAUACCAGGAGACGCAAUGUAUGCUGAAGGAUUCGGAGAUUCGAGAUAUAAUAUAAUGGGAACCGAAAGUUUUAAUAAUUUGCACUUUCCUUUGAAAAAAGUUAUGGCCGCUCUUACUGCAAAUAUUUUUGUUGGCGAAGAGGAAGCAAAAAAUGAUGAGGUUAUAAUUACAUUUGCAGAAAUUACACGUGAUAUUGCAAUAUUUCUUGCAAUACCACCAAUUCUCGAUUUUAUAUAUCCAGGGCUUCAAGACUUUAUUAAUCAUAUUCCAGUUAGGUUAGGAUUAUACAAUCCAGCAGCUAAACAUCGAAAUAUCCUAGUUAAACAUAUAAAGAAACAGGUCGAUAAACGGUUAAAAGAGAAAGUAUGUCAGGAUUCUUGGGAACGCCCUAAUGAUUUAAUUCAAGAGAGUUGUACAAACGCCUUUAUCGAUUUGGCGUCUCGACCUGAAUAUAUACAAGAAUUAUAUGAAGAACAACUACAAGUAGCUAAAGAAGCAGAUAAGAAUGGUAUACUCCCAUUUGAAGCUCUUGAUAAAAUGAAAAAAUUAGAUAGCUUUGUUAAAGAAUCUUUGAGGUUAACUGGAGAUGUAAUAGGAAUUCCACAUCUGGUAUUGAAAGAUUAUAAAUUUUCAAAUGGGUUACAAUUGCCAAAAAAUCAUGUGGUGGAUUUGUAUUUUGAUGAUAUUUGUCACGACAAAUCAUUACAGGGGACAAAUCCGAAAUCAUUUAAACCAUUUAGAUAUGUAAAUAAAAAUUCUCCGGCAUCAAAAAUUAGCAAAGAUUUUACGAGAUUCGGAGGUGGUAAACACGCAUGUCCCGGAAGAUUUAUUGUGACAGCACAAAUUAAACUUUUUAUGCAUAAUAUAAUAUUAAAAUAUAACUUUCGUACGGAAAGUGGUAAAGUUGAAGAAAAAUUGAGAAUUGGACCGAAGACAUUCCCAAGCGCUUGUGGGGUUAUUUUCGAAAAGAGAAAUGCCAUCAAUUGA